AUGACGACUGGUGAAGGUUUAAGCAUUGAAAUUAAUUUCACAAAUCACAUUGUCGAACAACUUGUUCAAUAUGCUUCACGUUUCAAUGUCACUCUUUAUCAAGUGUGUCUGACUAUCUACUAUGUUUUUUUAUUCAAACUGACUGGUGGCCAAAGAGAUCUUAUUGUUGGCACUGUAGAAGCCAAUCGCUAUCGGCCAGAACUUCAACAGAUUAUUGGCAUGUUUGUCAAUACUCUUCCAAUGCGUCUUCAAGUCGAUCCACAAGACACAUUCGAACAACUACUUCGUAGAGUAUCGAAUAUGAUGUGUGAAGUACAACCACAUUCAAGCUUACCAUAUCAAUAUAUUAUACAGCAAAUCUCAAUGGGACGUGCGCAUCAAGGCAACUUGAUUCGAACUAUGUUUACCUUAGAUGAAGUCGACACAACACUCGUUCGACUUGAUUAUGGAUUAAUGAUUGAAUCAUGGCCAUUAUCGUCUCUAAAAAGCAAUUCUAUGCAGAUCGGAACACCUAAAAUUGCUGCGGCUAUGUUCGAUAUGACGCUGUCGUUAGAAUAUAGAGUUGACAAACAUUCAUUGCGAGCAGAAAUGAUUGUUUCGAGAGAUCUUUUCGACUCCGUUACACUUGUCAAAAUGGCUAGACAAUUCCAGUUCACUGUCGAAAAAUUAUUUUCACCCAUGCCAAUGACUAUGAUGAUAAUAGAACAAUCAAUCAGUGAUUUAUCGUUGAUUUUACCAGAGGAAAUAGCAGAUGAUAUGCAACAUGCCCAGUUUCCAGCAAUAACUGGAAUCAAUUCGAUUGGUAUAACACUCAUUAAUAACUUGCUGUCAUAUCUGUGGAAUUGUGUAUCUUUCUAUUUUAGCUCGCGCCUCGUUCGUUCAAACAAGCAUUUGGCUAGACGAACAGAUCAACUCUGAUCCAUCAGUGGUAAAAAGCAACAGGCCAUUUUUCUAUCGACUAUCAGAAGGAACUAUUUCUAUUGAGCGUUUUCGAAACGCUCUUCGACUCGUUGUUUCCAAGCACAGUUCUCUGCGAACAUCGUUCUUCUUUGAUUUUACAACCGACUGCUUGAUGCAGCGUAUCGUUCAACCUAGGAAUAAUGAUGACGAACUAUUUGUCUUUGCUCAUAGCACAUUGAAAAGUGAUACUAACUUGAAAGCCAUUAUGCUUGAUGAACUAUGUAACCCUUCAAAUUUCGAUUUGCUUAAUGGUCGUGUAUUUCGUGUUCACAUUGUUGUACAACACAGUGACGACAAUGACAUUCUCCAAGCAGGAGACUAUUUGCUUUUCAAUUUUCAUCGAAUUGCGUUCGACGUUCCAUCGUUUGACAUAUUUUAUCGGGAUCUAUUCAAAGCUUAUGAAUAUGAAACAGCAUUACUCGGCAGUAAUCAUGACUUUCAUUAUAUUAACCGUAAGUUUCCAAAUACUUGGUGAUUCUUUUGCUCUUUCUCAGCUUUUUCAAUUUGGAAUUUUCAGACGCUAUCGCAGAACAAAUCAUGCCAAUGAGACAAGCAAGUGCUUUCUGGCAUGAAAUCAUGUUUGACUACGAUUGGAAUCAACAUCUUAAUAUCCCAAUUGAUUACCAAUACCAACUUCAUGAACGAUCAAUUGGUUGUGCCUAUUCAGUUAAUACCAAAUUCCAUGAUAAUCUAGCAAAAGUACUGACUGAUUAUGCAUCGGCAACGAAUGUAUCCCUACAGUCUCUAUUGCUCACAUGCUAUUGUGUGUUUCUCUCUAAACUUUCCAUUGGUGAGACUGAUUUGUGCGUUGGCAUUCAUGUGAAUAAUAGAUAUCAACCUGAAUUGAAAAGCAUCAUAGGUACGUUCGUUAAUAUGUAAGUUCUUAUUUUUCUUCUAGCUGUUUGGACCUGCGUAACAGAUGUAUAUGCAUUUCAGAAUUCCACUACGUUUUCAGCUUGAUCCAAUGGCAAACUUUCAACACUGUCUCAGUCGAAUAACUAAACUUUACCAACAAAGUUUACAACACGCCCAUUUCCCGUUUCAACGCCUCCUCCAAAUAUUCUCAGUGUCAUCGGAAACUUCUAUUAAAGUCGCUUUCGAUUUCCAAGCUAAUGACACGGUUGCAUCUGGAAUGAAAUCCAUUCAACUCGCCACGGCACAACUUGAACAAAUCCGACCCAUCACGAUCAACGACCAAUUUCAUGGUGACAGUAAAAUCCACUCGAAAUUUGACUUAUCACUCAUGAUCAAUUACAGUCAACAUUUAAAUCAAUUCACAUGUACACUUGAGGGUUCUUGUGAAUUGUUCAAUGAAACGACUGUAGAAGCACUAGCUACUCG